AAAAUGAACGUGACGGGGAAAAGAAAAAAUGGACUUGAAAAGUCAAAACUGAUGAAUGGUGAUUUUCCACCAGCAAAACGACUGAAGGGUAACGGACUAAACACAUUAGAUAAUCAAGGAUCUCUAGAAGAGGUAGAGACUUUAGCCAAACUGAUUUCGAGCAGGAUACGGCAUGCUCCAAAACUUGGCAUUGUCUGUGGAUCAGGUCUAGGAGGGCUUGCUGAUGUUGUGGAGGAUAAACAGAUCAUUAAAUACUCGGAGUUAGAGGGGCUCCCCGUUAGUACAGUACCUGGGCAUGUUGGACAGUUUGUGUUUGGGCUGCUGGAUAAGGUACCAGUCAUGUUGAUGCAGGGGCGGGUCCAUGUCUAUGAGGGUUACCCUCUUCAUCGUAUUGUUUUGCCCAUUAGGGUAAUGUGGAAACUUGGAAUUAAGAACCUGAUUUUAACAAAUGCAGCAGGAGGAAUCAACCCAGAGUAUAAAGUAGGGGACAUCAUGAUUAUGAAGGACCACCUCAACCUUCCAGGUUUCUGUGGUAUAAAUCCUCUCAUAGGCAUCAACGAUGAUAGAAUUGGUCCAAGAUUUCCACCAAUGUCUGAUGCAUACAACAAAGAAUAUAGAGCAAUUGCAAAGCAAACAGCCAAAGAGCUUGGGUUUUCUGACUUUAUACGAGAGGGAGUCUAUAGCUUCUUGACUGGACCAACCUUUGAGACGGUCACAGAAUGCCGACUAUUACGCUUGAUUGGAACUGAUGCUACAGGAAUGAGCACAGUACCUGAAGCCAUUGUGGCCCGACAUUGUGGAAUGGAAGUCCUAGCCAUGUCUCUUAUUACAAACUCCUGUGUGAUGGAAUUCGACUCUGAUCAGACGGCCAACCAUGAAGAGGUGCUGGAAACAGGAAAGUCGAGAUCCAGUGACAUGCAGAAGCUCAUCACAAAAAUUGUAGAGAAGUUAGCAGUAUAAAUCAUUUCUCUGUCCUUGUGACAUCAUGGCAUAAUUCCACAGCUAACUUUCUCAAUAGUGAUAGGUAGUUUGUUGAAUUCAGAUCUGAACAAAAUUUGGUAUAAUGAUUUUAACAGGUAUUUUAUCCAGUUGACAAGAAUUCAUUAAAUGGGUUGCUUAUCUCUGGUAUGUUGAUUGUUAAAUGGAUCAUAAUACAUGUAUACUUGUUGAUCUCUGCAAAAGUUAUUUUAGUAAUUGAGAGUUGAUCAGUUGUUUUUGGAUUGUUUUUGUAAACAAUUUUUAUGUAUAAAUAACUCGCAUUUAGAUACCUGUAUCAGUAUUUUUCAGGCAGAUUCCUCCAGUGUAACAACAUGAUCUCUGGAGAUGUGUAUUAACUUACUAACAUUUUUAUUUUAGGGGGAGGGUCUAAAAAUAGGUCAAUAAUGAUCAUAUUAUACAAGAGAGAGACAUACGCAGAAAGAAAAAUUAUAGUGAUACUAAUCCCAGAAUUCUUUAGAGCAAAUGUCACUAAAGUAGCCAGCCAAAUAUAAUCCAAGUGUUUUUUUUUGUAAAGUGUAGAGAUUUCACUCAAGCUCAUUUUUCAAUUAAAUAAAAUAACUGAUUCAUUAUGACAUCAAGGCUGCCAUGGUUUGGUUAAGAACCACUUCUGAAUCGGGCAUAUUUUAUCGUUAGCUUUUAAAGACUUAAUUUGUAAUUGCUGUAAAUGAGGAAAUAAUUUCAAAGCAUUUGGCUUGAAUUAGCAUGAUAAUUAUUUUGAGUAUGUAUCAUAAAAUUAAUUUGAGUAUGAAUCAUAAAAUUAAUUUCAAAGAAGAUGAAAAAACAUUGUUACAACAAAAGUAAGAAAAAUGUUUCAUCAGGGACGUAUGUACUGAACAGGAUAGGGAACUUCUUCAAUGCCGUAUUGAUUUCCCUAGAACACCAUACAAAGCCUUGCAAAUUUUUUAAACUAUGCUUAUACCCAGUAAAAAAAAAAAUGGUUUUCAAUAAAUGUACUUGUUCUUCUUGUUAAUGGGAAUAGACUUUAAAUAGAUUGUAAAGCAUACAUUGUAAAAUAAUUUUAAAAAUAAGCAAAGCCAAACAACCACUUACAUUCAGCAAAAUCUCAGAAAUACAGUCUAGCAGGGACAUGUGUUGAUUUUGAAAAUACAACGUACGCAGGUAUAUACAGUGCAAAUAACAAAUUCUGCAUAGUUUGUGAUAGAAUAAAAAAAGUUUUUUGUUCUGAUAUAGUUUAUAAUAUUAGAGAUACAGUCAAACCCUGUUAUCUCAAACUUCACGGGACCAAGAAAAUACUUCGAGAUAUCCGAAGAUUUGAGAUAUCCAGGGUAAAAUACUUAAAAAAUAAGCGCUUGGGACUUCAACAUCACUUCGACAUAUCCAUGGUAUUCGAGGUAUCCUUGUUAGGGAUACCGAAGUUAAACUGUAUACUGAAUUAAAAUUGACAUAACAUAUAUGAAAUCCUGUGACAUGCGAGAUAUCAUGAGACUUGCAGAAGUUGCCUAUCCUGUUAGUAUAUAUGUCUGUGAUGUUAUGAAAAUGGGGAUGAUUUGCUGUAAAAAUUGCAACAUCACAGAAUGAAAUAUUAUUUUUAAGUUGGAUUUCAUAUAAUGCAAAAAUUAGCUAUGUUGAACAAUCUUCCAUUUCAUUAUUUUUGAUUUUCAAAAUGUAUAGGCCAUUGAAAGGCAACUGAGGCUUAAAGAAUGCCUCUACUGACAAAAUCGUGCAGAAAAAAUUUAAUGUGAAUGUGUCAAGCACCUAUUCUCAUUUGGAUCCAUCAUUAGUAUUCAAUUGAUUUGCAUUCCAUUUCGUCCAUCUGUUCUUUAUACAUGUUUAUAAGGCAAAGCUUUAAAAUUUAAACAAGGUUGUGUAACCAUUUAUACAUUUAACCAUUUUGAGGUGGUGUAUUUUGGGAUAAUUUUUUUAUUUUUAUGUAGAGGUUUGGUGUACUAUUUUUAAUUUUCAUAUCUUUAUUUAUUUAUCAUAGUGCUGUAUUGUAGUUCAAACUGAAUAUAUAAAACAAAAUAGUUAUAGCACAGACCUUGGGACCAGUGAAUUUCCUUCAUUAUAUCUGUAAUUUGGUAUAAAUAGUGAUUUGGCAAUAUACCGUUACCUUCAAGUAUGACUUGAGAAAUGUUAUGGGAAGUAUUAAAUACAAAAGCUACCUUUGAUUACUGAAGCUUUCUAAUGCAUUGAAAAUAUAAAUACCUUCUAAAAGUAAUGCUUUAAUAUUUUAAAUUUCAAGAUUUUUAAAAAAUUGCUAAAGAAGAUGUAAAUUUUGUUAUUUUUAACCUCGACUGUACACAAAGUUAAC